UGACGGAGGUCGCAUCAAAGAGACCAACGUCCCCAAAUUAGCUGCAUUGGGUCGAAGCUGCUGCUAAUUUACUCAUCACGCCUCAACUUGUUCAUUCCGCUUAGUUCAUGCUUACACACCUCUCUGCAGGCAUCCACCUCCCAUGAUCUGUUUUUGGAUGGCAGACCACCUCUCAUGAUUCGCUUUUGAAUGGCAGACGCGCUUACGAAAGUACGAAAGUAUGCCAAAUGACCAAACGCGGUUGCGGAUCCAAGCACUACGCGCCCUGGAAGGAACAGCGUGCAUUUUCAAGACACGGAGUCAGCAAGUAGCGCGUAUCUUCGAUGAAGCAGAGGAGAUAGAAAAGGUGUAAGAGGACAUGCCAGAGCAAUGUGCUACGCAGUAUGACAUCUACCCACCGCGCCGCUGUCCUCCCAACACCUGGCCAACCAUUGGCAAUCAAAGACGUCGAAACGCCUCGACCAGGGCCCAACGAAGCUCUCAUCCGGAACCAUGCCAUCGCCAUCCAGCCCCUUGAUGCCAAAAUUCUCAUCUCUAACUACGGUCCAGCGGCCUCCCUGAGCUUCCCAGCAACCCUCGGCAGCAGCGGCGCAGGUGUGAUUGAGGAGGUGGGCUCAAGCGUGACCAACGUUCAAGUCGGUGACCGAGUUGUCUUCGACACAAAGGCCUACGUCGAUCCCAAGGUCAACAAGCAGCAAGGCACAUGGCAGCAGCUCGUCAUCAGCUCAGCGGACACUAUCGCAAAGAUUGACGAUACCCCCUUCGAGCAAGCAGUCCUGACCUCCUUUCCGCUACAAACCGCAGUCGCAGCACUGCAAGUCUUCCUCGGCAUGUCCCGCCCCUCGCCCCGUACGGCUCCCAAUCAACCAGCCAGCGACGAAAAGGUUCUGAUCUGGGGCGCAGGCGGCGCAGUAGGCCAACAUGCCGUCCAAUACGCCGCAUCGCUCGGCUACACCGUCACAGCCACAGCCUCGCCCCGCUCGCUCCCCUCUCUCACAUCUCUCGGCGCCUCCAUUGUCCUGGACUACCGCUCGCCCACCAUCCUGGCCGAGAUCCGUGCCCACGGACCCUUCGCCUACCUCUUCACCGCAUCAGGAGACGCCUCGUCCCAGCGCGCUCUCAUUGGCCUGCUUUCACCCACCGGCGGCCGAUUCGCGUCGGUCCUACCAUUGAGUGAAGAGGUGGAACUACCAGCGAAUGUGGAGAUAGUAUAUAAGUCUUUCUCGCAAGCCACACACAAACCCGAGUAUGCCGAAUGGCGGAAUUGGUGGUACGGAAUCUAUUUACCCUCCGUGCUCUCGGCCAGGUUAGAAUCACUCGUAGCAUACCCGAAGAUAGGAAACGGGCUAUCAGCGCUGCAGAGAGCGAGCCAGGAGGUUUCCGAUGGGAAAGUGAGGGGCAAAGUGAUCGUUAAUCCACAGGAAUGAGAAACUCUUCAUUAGGUGUAUCAAUACCUAUUUGCUCAGCCACCGCUUCAGCCUCCCCAAAGCAACGCUCUCCCCUCUCCUACCUGCAUGGUUCGUCAUUGGAGGCGACGUGAAGCUGUUGACUGGACUUGCCAUUCUAGGACAAGAUAUAAGAUUUUCGAGCGGUGAUGCGAACUCAAUAUGUUCGAUGCCGUAGUUCAAGAGGCUGACUGGCUGCAAUGGUUUCAUUGGUCUUGGAGCAUGCAGUUGGUGGAGGUCGUCCAUCGAGCUGGAGCGAAAUCGUCGGUGUUUCGAAGAAGGCGCAUGGUGAUUAUCAUCUUCCUCGUCGGCGCUGUACCCCGCCCCAUCGA